GAGAGAGGCAGCUUACACACGCCUUCCAGACGCUCCACUCAGAGCAGCCCCGAGAUCGCUGCCACCGCCACGGCUCCUGCUACCACCGCGACCACCGCUGCCACCUGCGGAGACCCGCCGCCCCUCGCCCGCCCCCACCGCUGUCCCUGGCCAGUCCCCGCGGGCGGCCAGCUUUCCCAGCGCAUUGCAACUACCGUCAUGAUGAUUAUUAUUCCAAGAGAAGAAAACUAAAAGACGAUACCAGCCAAAAAAGAAAAAGAAGUAAAAGGAAAGAAAAAAGAACAACGUAUACCUUUUCCGUUUUGCUCGUGCCUCCUCGAAAGAGAAUCUCUGGUCCUGGCUGGAGCAACAGAAGGGACCGAGGGCGAGUGUUGAGGGGGAGGGAGGAGUUGCGGUCAUUGCGUGGAAAGUUGCGCGUGGCGGAGACACGAAGGCGCAGCGCCACAGCCCAGGGGACCGUGUGUCUGGGAGAAAUCGCUGUCCUCUUGCGUCGAGACCCUAGGAGCGCGCGGUCACCCGGGGUCCAGGACGACGCCCCCUCCUGCGGCGUGGACUCUGGUCAGUGGCCCUCGAAAAGGAGGAGAAAAAUGGCAUCCGAGGCGACCCCUUCCUGCCGUCUGGUUCUUUGCCUCUUGAUCUCCGCUGCGGUCCUCAGACCAGGUCUUGGAUGGUAUACUGUAAAUUCAGCAUAUGGUGAUACCUUAGUCAUGCCUUGUCGACUCGAGGUCCCUCAGAAUCUCAUGUUUGGCAAAUGGAAAUAUGAAAAGCCUGAUGGCUCUUCAGUAUUUAUCGCCUUCAGGUCCUCUACAAAGAAAAACGUGCAUUACGACGAUGUACCAGAAUACAAAGACAGAUUAAACCUCUCUGAAAACUACACCCUGUCUAUCAGUAAUGCAAAGAUCAGUGAUGAGAAGAGAUUCGUGUGCAUACUGGUGACAGAGGACAAUGUGUUUGAGGCUCCAACAGUAGUGAAAGUGUUCAAGCAACCUUCUCAACCUGAAAUUGUAAACAAAGCACCAUUUCUUGAAACAGAGCAGCUAAAAAAGUUGGGUGACUGCAUUUCAAAAGAUAGUUACCCAGAAGGCAACAUUACAUGGUACAGGAGUGGAAAAGUGCUUCAGCCCCUGGAAGGAGCAGUGGUCAUCAUUUUCAAAAAGGAAAUGGAUCCCGUCACUCAGUUAUAUACUAUGACUUCAUCCUUGGAGUACAAGACAAGCAAGGCUGAUAUACAAAUGCCAUUCACCUGUUCCGUGACCUAUUAUGAACCUUCUGGCCAGAAAAUAAUUCAGUCUGAACAGGCAGUCUUUGACAUUUAUUAUCCCACAGAGCAGGUGACAAUACAAGUGUUACCACCAAAAAAUGCCAUCAAAGAAGGGGACAACAUCACCCUUAAGUGCUUGGGGAAUGGCAACCCUCCUCCAGAGGAGUUUAUGUUUUACCUACCAGGCCAGCCCGAAGGAAUAAGAAGCUCAAAUACUUACGUAUUGACAGAUGUGAGGCGCAAUGCAACAGGAGACUACAAAUGCUCCCUGACAGACAAGAAGAGCAUGAUUGCUUCAACAACUAUCACCGUUCACUAUCUGGAUUUAUCCUUAAACCCAAGUGGAGAAGUGACCAUGCAGAUUGGAGACUCCCUGCCUGUAUCCUGCACAGUAUCUGCUAGUAAGAACGCAACUGCGGUGUGGAUGAAAGAUAACAUGAGGCUUAGAUCGAGGCCAUCAUUUUCUAGUCUUCAUUAUCAGGAUGCUGGAAAUUAUGUAUGUGAAACUGCUCUGCAGGAAGUAGAAGGACUAAAGAAAAGAGAGUCAUUGACCCUCAUUGUAGAAGGGAAACCUCAAAUCAAAAUGACAAAGAAAACUGAUCCUAGCGGACUGUCUAAAACAAUAAUCUGCCAUGUGGAAGGCUUCCCAAAGCCAGCUAUACAUUGGACAAUUACCGGCAGUGGAAGUGUCAUAAACCAGACAGAGGAAUCUCCUUAUAUCAAUGGCAGGUAUUAUAGUAAAAUUAUCAUUUCCCCUGAAGAGAAUGUUACAUUAACUUGCACAGCAGAAAACCAGCUGGAAAGAACAGUAAACUCCCUCAAUAUCUCUGCUAUAAGUAUUCCAGAACACGAUGAGGCAGACGAGAUAAGUGAUGAAAACAGAGAAAAGGUGAAUGACCAGGCCAAACUAAUUGUGGGGAUUGUUGUGGGUCUCCUCCUCGCUGCUCUCGUGGCUGGCAUCGUCUACUGGCUGUACAUGAAAAAAUCAAAGACUGCAUCAAAACAUGUAAACAAAGACCUUGGGAAUAUGGAGGAAAACAAAAAGUUGGAAGAAAACAAUCACAAAACAGAAGCCUAAGAGAGAAAUGAUUCCUGUUGUCCAG